UUGCGAAAAGCGGCCCCAAGUGGCCGUGGAUCGGAUCGACGGAUGAUUCGAAACGACGGUGUGAUCAUUCGAGGUUCGCGAGUCGACCCAGUCGGACGUUGAGUGGGAAAAUCCCUGGUGUUGUCGGGAGCUUUUGUGAAGGAAAAGCCGCGCGUUGCGUCACGCGAGCUGAUCAGGUUUCUUAAACGUUCUAAAAAUAAGAAUUAGCGAAAAUUUUCGUCAAAAUCCACACAGUGCUGCCCACACAUUCUGCCUCCUGCGCAACGACUGAGCGAUAAGAAUUUCCAAUUGAACAUUUUUUUCUCGCAAUUUUAACCCCGUAUUUUCCGACCAUAAUUUACGUUUUGUCCGGAACGAGAAGAGAGGAGGCGAGGAGAAAAUUUUGUGUCUGAUAAACGUGUAUUGUUACCAACGAGUUUUACCGUCCUCAACUUUUUUAGUGUGUGUCCUCAACCACCCGCCGUUCGGUUAUCAGUGCAUCAUUUGCUGCUUUCAGCAAAGUGUUGUGUGUGAGAGACGAAGAAGAAAUAAGAGAAAAAAAUAAAGUUGAAAAAGAGGUUCUAUAUUUUGCUAAACGAAAGUGGAAAUAGCAGAGAAAAAAAUUACGAUCGACUACAAGUUUAAAUAGCAUUAGGGAGUACACCACGAUCGACUUAAGCCAUCCAGCAGAGCUCACCGUAGAGAUUCAUUGAGAAGAAAUCACUUGGUGCACAUCAGAAGAAGAAUUCAAGAUCAACAAAUGGCUCAAUUAGUCAAUGUCCGACUCAAUAGGAGCGAUGCCCAACCAUGGGGCUUUCGGCUGCAAGGUGGAAAGGAUUUUGGAACACCACUUGUAGUCCAGAAGGUGGCUGGCGGAAGCAUAGCCGCGAAUGCUGGGCUCGUGGCCGGUGAUGCUGUGAUCAAGGUAAAUGGCCAGGAAGUGUACAAUCUCCGCCACAAGGAUGCCCAGGAUGCCGUAGUGCGUGGUGGGAAUUCCUUUGAGAUCACCGUGCAACGAGGUGGUUCCACGUGGAGGCCCACUGUAUCCCCAGCUGGCAACUUGCCAUCACCCUCACUAUCCGGCAAUGUGGCGCCUGUUACGCGUACCUCCCUGGCCGCCAAGCCCCAAGAAAUCCAACCAAUUGGCAGUGGCUUCAAUAGUGCUGCUCGUCCUUUCGCUGUCAAUGGAAGCGAGGGCGUGAAGAGCAUCGUGAACAAGCAGUACAACACCCCGGUGGGCAUCUACAGCGAUGAAUCCAUUGCAGAGACGCUGUCUGCACAGGCGGAAGUUCUGGCUGGUGGAGUGCUCGGGGUGAACUUCAAGAAAAACGAGAGGAUCUACAAUUCAGCCAAUUCGGAGGUUUACAAAAUGCUGCAGGAAGCGGAAAAUGAUCCGAAUGAACCAGAAGAUUCCUCCACACCAUUCAGUCCCACACCAUAUCAGUCAUCCAAUCAGCAGCCCUCGCCAGUUGGUGGUGUCACCAAGCAUGUGACGGCUCCUGUGGCCCAGGCUAAACCACCCAAUACGGGAGGUUUGCCAGCCGGUCAGAAUAUUUGUGCUGAAUGCGAGCGCCUCAUUGUAGGCGUUUUUGUCAGGAUCAAGGAAAAAAAUUUGCACGUUGACUGCUUCAAGUGUGCUACAUGUGGUACACCGUUGAAAAAUCAGGGCUAUUUCAACAUUAACAAUAAACUCUAUUGUGAUAUUCAUGCGAAAUUGGCUGCCAUCAAUAAUCCACCACCUGGCACAGAAGGAUACUUGCCUGUGCCAAUUAAGCCGAAUACAAAAUUGAGUGCAAGUACCAUUUCUGCAGCUCUAACUACGCACCAUGGACCUGGUGCUGGAGCAACGAAUGGAGCUCCACAGCUGGGAUCUCCCCUUUCGACGACUAACAAUACUAAUUUAACUUGUGCGACAAAUUUUGCAUCAAAUAGCUGUAUGUUGCCCCAAGCAUUGAGUUCAUGUGACUCGACACCGAAGAAAUUGUCGCCAAUGGCGUCAGUUGGGGUGUCCCCGAUUCAUUCAAGGCAAAACAGUGAUACUCUCGGGAGCGCCAAGAGUGACAGUGAAAUCAAUCACAAGAAUGUGUACAACAUUCUCAAGAGUUGCCAAUCUGACGACAUGGACACUCCUGUGAGAAGAACCUACCUUGAGACGGAUUUUGGUGAUAAUUUCAGUGGACACGAUUCUCCGGAUGAGGGACUAAAAAUGUCCAAUGGACUUAAUGGAACAUCCAAUGGAGACUUCAUGUACAAGACCCUCAGUGGAAGUAUCAUACGGAGUGUUCAUGCUCCAGGGAAAGGCAAGAGUAUCAACUACAAAAUCAAUACCAAUAUCAGUGGUCCGAAGCCUUUUAACUUCUCUUCGGCUCCAAUGUCACCACCAAGUGCUGGACCGAAGAGUCCUUCUACGUAUCCACCACCAACAAGUGCUGCGGCAUGGAGCCAGCCAAAGCCUCCGUCUACCUUUGAGACCCCUAAGCCGUCCACUUUCGGUUCGGCUACUCUUCCUCGAGCCAACGUUGGACCGACUGCUCCAGGAGACAUAGGGACAGAAUGUGGGUAUGUUGAUGAUGGUACCGGUGAGCACUUUAUGUGGCCACCUCCAAAUGCUGGAGUGGACAGUGCAACCCCUACCGCAACACCACUCUAUGUUCCACCACCUGGUACCCAGCACGUUAUCGUAAAGCCAAUGGUCGAAAAGCAAAGUCGUUCAGCACCAGAACUUAGCUAUGGCCAAACUGAAAUGUCCCGAUCGGCUGAGGUUGUUGAGAUGGAAAGUGGAUCUGAAAGCUACACAUCAACUAGUGCAACAACGACAUCCGAAGAUACAGCUCAUAUGCGGAUGUACCAAACCCAGACCUCAGUACCGAGCUAUACAAUCUAUGAAAGUGCAGACUCAGAUGCGAACGAAAUAGACUAUGCUGCUAUUCAGCAUCACAAGCAAAGUAUCUGUUCGGCUGAGGUUACGUCCCUUUCAUCUGAAUCUCGUGGAGCUCAGUACCUAGCUAAUACCUUGGACACAACUUGUCUUGUUGAGAGAAUGCGAUCCCUUACUCCGCGACCUCCAUCGCCACCACCCAUUAAACCUACUAAACAUGUAGAGUUUGCCAUACCACCUGAAGAGCAGACCACAACAGAAGUUCAACAGUCUACUCAAGAAACCACAGAGGUCCAUGAAAGUCAGAUCCAGGAGGUUGCUCAGGUUCAGGAAGCUACUGCUGAGGAACAAUCCACUCAAUUUCAGCCCAUAGACAUCCCAGAGUCAAAACCCCUUCCGCAGUCGAACAUCCCCAAUGCUGUGCCACAGGAAUGGGAAAGUGCCAUGGUCAAAGCUCUCAAGACAGCCCCUGAAACACCCUACCACAUCGUCAGUAGUGUUCAGCAGGAGGCUGUCGAAGAACGAUGCGAAAAAAUUGAAGCAUCCCAGAGUAGUGCAGUAACUAAGUUUCAGUCAGUUGACCUACCACCAUUGGAUGUGCUAGUCGAGAAACCUGCUGAGGGGACUAUUAUGUCGUCUUUGCUAACAACUGUCCCAAGCAAGAGUGUAAAGUUCGAGCCAAAGGUGACCAUGGAGCCAGUACCCUUGCCUGAGGAGACUAAGCCCUACUUCCCCCCACCCAUUGAUAUGAAGUUUGUAGCUGAUGAUACAAUUCCAGGGAGGAAGUCAGGGAUGCUGGAGGCACUGAUCACAGCGCCGGAUCGUCCAUAUUCUCCUUUCGGGCACGAGGUUAGCUAUCAAUUGGAUGACCUUCCGAGGCCCACUGAGAAGAUGACGCUAAAGAGUGCUCUGACAGUGGCUCCCGAUCGGCCUUUUACUCCGGUUAUCUUUGACUCGAACGGACUGGCACAUCCAAAGCAAGAAACCAUCUGCUCAACAUCCCUAGAGAAUGCCCAAACAGCUAGUCAACAGAGCUGGCAGGAACACAGGUCUGAACAAAGGUCUGAGCAAAGGUCUGAACAGAGGUCCGUACAGAGUAUUUCCCAAGAAACUCAUGCCCAGCAAUCUAUGUCGCAAAUGAGCACAAGUCAAACUAGUGCCUUCCAAUCCACCAAAAGCUCAAUGCAACAAUCUCAGAUGUCUGCCUCGCAGUCGUGUCAGCAGGAGUGUCGAGAAUCUGUAUGUCAGCAGGUGUGUCAGUCUCGCCAGAUAUCCGAACAGUCCAAGACAGUCAAUCGCAUAAUGGUGGACUCAGCAUCUGCAGCUUUCGAACAAGAUGGCAUCGAUACGGUCAAUCGUGCUGCGGAUGUGCCAACGGCACCACCCCAAAUCGCGUCUCCGAUUCCACACCCACGCCCAUUUACCCCUUCACUCAUCAAUAAACCUGCCCCCAUCAUACCCUAUUACCAGCAAAACCUGGCUAUCUCUGAGUUUGAUCCCCAUAUGGGGGAGAUUUUUGAUCCCAAAUUGCGUACGCCUUCGCCCUGUUUGCGGGAGAAGAGCCCCGCUCAGGGUCCCCCACCCAAUCCCCUGCGUAUUCAUGCACCCCGCUUACGUGAGUCCGGCGAGCAGUACGAAAUGCCACCGGGCACCGGAUACACGAGUGCUCAAGUACAGGCACAGAGUGUGUAUCAGCAGAAACCGGAGAUGGUGGAGUGCCAGAGAAUCGGUGAUUCACUCCACCAGACUCGUACCAAUGAAGCUUCCCUCAAUCGAUCCUUGCACGCUGAACAAGAAAGUGCCAGUGCUACCCAAGUGGGCAAUACUUUCAUCCAGAAGCGCUCGCGUGUAGUUGAGGAGUUUGAACGCACCCAGACCGCCAAGACGGUGGAGACGUUCAAGAGUGGGGCAGGUGAGAUCGUGUCGAAGAUCACGGAGGACGAAAUGCCACCAAAGGGUAUUGUGGCAAAUCAGACCAGGCGCUUCUCGCAGGAAGUCGCCCCGCCCAAGAUUACCUUUCCGGCAAGUAUCCCUUUGGCGCCCAUGCAAUUUCCUCUAGGCAACACAGCACCCUCUAAUCCCGUGGCUCCACCACCUGGCUUCAACCUAAAAUCCUCUAAUGCCCCAUCAGCAUUCGCAUCAUCCAUUCAGGCUGCUAAAAACUCUGUGCAAUCAUCACUGCAGAAUGCCAAUUUUGGCGCCAAGAGCACUCUUGCUUUCACUAACAUACAGCCCAAAGUAGAUGCUGCCAAGCCCGCUUCUGGCCCCACUGCUUUCAAACCGCUAAAGCCGCCGACACCGCCGCCAACUAACAAUUGCCCCAGUACUGCCAUGAGUGACCCCUCCCCUGAUGCCAGUGCAGGUCCGAAUAGAGGGGGUGCCGCCGGAGUGACCUCUGCACCGAAACGUGGCCGUGGUGUACUCAACAAGGCCGUCGGUCCAGGUGGACGCAUCCCGCAGUGUGGUUGCUGCAAUUCUCAUAUCAGGGGUCCCUUUAUCACGGCCCUUGGUCGAAUCUGGUGCCCUGAUCACUUCAUUUGCGUGAACGCUGAGUGCCGCCGUCCUUUGGCGGACAUUGGGUUCGUAGAGGAAAAGGGUAACCUCUACUGCGAGUACUGCUUCGAAAAGUACAUUGCACCAUCAUGCAGCAAAUGUGGCGCCAAAAUUAAGGGUGACUGUCUCAAUGCCAUUGGCAAGCAUUUCCAUCCGGAAUGCUUUACAUGUGCCUACUGUGGAAAGUUAUUUGGCAACAGCCCAUUUUUCCUGGAAGAGGGAAAUCCCUACUGCGAGGCUGACUGGAAUGAGUUGUUCACCACCAAGUGCUUCGCUUGUGGGUUCCCCGUGGAGGCUGGAGACAGAUGGGUCGAGGCUCUGUCCCACAAUUACCACAGCCAGUGCUUCAAUUGCACCACUUGCAAGAAGAAUCUCGAGGGCCAGAGUUUCUUUGCCAAGGGAGGACGUCCCUAUUGCAAAAAUCAUGCCCGCUAAAUUGUCGCCAGCUUUUCUGGGAUGGGAGGAGUAUAAUCUGCAAGAAACUUCCCGCUCUCAGACAAAAUACUAAUCUUAGCCAAUACACCCCGAGAGAGUCAUCUGGAAACUUUACAAAUGUCACCUAGCCGAGACACACUUUUGUCUCCCUCUCAGAGCAAAACUUUAGUACACAGAAAUCGCUGAAGAGGAGGAAAAAAAUUACAUGAAUUAUUUAAAUACAAUUUGCUUUAUACAUUUUUAAUUUGAAAAGAUGAAGAAAAAAAAGAGUUAAAAAAGUGUAAAUCGUCGAUAAGAAUGAAAUUCUUCAAUUUACCGUAGAUGUAAUGUUUUAAAAGCGAGGAAUAAGCAUAAUUUACAAAUUAUUUUAUUCACAUGAAAGGAAAAAAAAGCUAUCAAAACGACAAAAGGAUGUAUUUAUGAUUUGAAUAUAGUAAAAUAUUAUUAUAAUUAUUAUUUAGAGAAAAAAAAACUGUUGAAAAUGCAGUAAAAGUAAUAUUUUCACAGGUUGCCAGUGGUGUGAUAGGACAAUAAAAAGAAAUUUAAGUAAAAUAAAUUGAAUUGAAAGCACAAAAUUGGGAAUACAGGAAACAAUCACAAAUGUGCGGAAAAUCAGAGAGAAAUGAGAUGAAAAAUCAAUAUUUAUCUGUAACAUUUUGUUCAUUUCUUCUUUCUGUUAACUAUCAUAUUUUUUUGUGUAAAUGAAAAUUUGUAAUUUGUGUGAAGAAUAAAGGACUAUAUAAAAAUAAAA